AUGUCCCUCCAGAAGACGAUCCCUCUCUCCAACGGCAAGACGAUCCCCCAGAUCGGCCUCGGCACCUGGCUCUCCGCUCCCGGAGAGGUCAAGCAGUCCGUGAUCUGGGCCGUCGAGGCUGGUUACCGUCAUCUCGAUCUUGCGAAGAUCUACCAGAACCAGGACGAGGUCGGUGCCGCGCUCAAGGAGCUGAUCCCGAAGGUUGUCAAGCGGGAAGAGCUCUUCAUCACUUCGAAGCUCUGGAACAACUCCCACCGCCCUGAACUCGUCGAGGCUGCCCUCGAUGACACGCUCAAGGAGCUCGGCCUCGAUUACCUUGACCUUUACCUCAUCCACUGGCCCAUCGCGUUCGUUCCUGGCGAGACGCUCACGCCCAGCAAGGACGGCGUUGCCCUGCUCGAGGAUGUUCCACUUGCCGACACUUGGAAGGCGGUUCUCAAGCUCCUUGACACCGGCAAGGUCAAGGCUGUCGGCGUGUCCAACUUCACGAAGGAGAUGAUCGAAGGCAUCUACAAGGCAACCGGCGUAUACCCGACCGCGAACCAGAUCGAGGCGCACCCGCUUCUCCCGCAAGACGAUCUCGUCGCAUACUGCAAGGAGAAGAACAUCCACAUCACGGCGUACUCGCCUCUCGGAAACAACUUGACUGGCGAGACCAAGAUCGUCGACUACCCCGAGGUCAAGGAGGUUGCCGAUAAGCUCGGUGCGACUACCGCACAGGUCCUCGUUGCCUGGGGCGCACACCGUGGCUACUCAGUCAUCCCCAAGUCGGUCAACAAGGACCGCAUCAUCUCGAACUUCAAGCAGAUCGAGCUUUCGCCCGAGGACUACGAGAAGGUCACAAAGAUCGGUGUCGGCCGCCACCGCCGCUUCAACAUUCCGUACACUUACAAGCCCACCUGGCCUAUCAACCUCUUCGACGAGGAAGUCGAGAAGGAGGUCACUCUCCGCCCGACGAUCGCAUGA